UUGUCUGCUAACAAAAUAGAUUUGGAAAUAACGUAAGUAGAUGAUUGAGCCACCUAUUAGAGAAAGGGGCAGUCAUCGAUAAGUGUUAUGUCAAAAGGACCAAGGAGGAUGAAGGAGGAGAAGGAGUAGGAGUAGGAGCUAAUUUGGACGGAAUCGAAUGAUUACGAGAUAGACAAUGGAAUUUACGUGGAUCUUCUCGCUUUUUCUAAGCAGUAAGACUCUUAUGUAUGUACUCUCUUUUAUCACUUUGGGUUGUGGAGCGUACUUCAUGUUCCAGCAAGCCGCAACCGUUGGGGGAGCCACUCCACUGGACCUCCAAAGUCUGGAGGAGCUACGGCUUACAAUGGCCACAAUCCUCCAGCUGUCUAUAACAAACCUGGGGGAAAGUCUCCCAAGGGGGCGCACUUGGGAAGAACUUGCACAGGAGAUCCACAAGGGGUCAGAGAGCAGGGAACUCCUUAUUUUUUUGAUAACUGAACUGAUGAAAGUUCAGGUGGAAAAUAAGGUAACCCAACAUGCUCUUCUCAUUAUUAUGAAGUGGAAGUUCCCCAAUCGGCCUGACCCGGUCUGCCCUUGGACUUUUCCAGAAUAGGAUUCCAAUAAUACAACGCCGCAUUCUCCGAAAAUUGAGGAACAAGAAGAGAUCUAUUAAGAGAAAGAUUUAUUCGAGAAAAAAUCUUAACAGUUACAUCCUUACUUGACGCUUCGCCCCUAUGGUUUCUCAAUUGAGAAACUUUCUGACUUCAUCUGUUCUUUGCAUCUACAAGGGAGACACUCUCCUGUUUUUCAAAUAGUUCUAAACAACUUUUUCUUCUUUUCAAAUAUGCGGGACGGCUAGUUUCUCUGGGGCGGAUGCCUCCUAAAAGGGAGAACUGCGAGGAGUCCGUUUUCUUUGAAGAUCGAGGCGCUUUUUAGCGGACAAUUAUGACAUUCUACAGAAGUCUUCUACAGAAGAAAAGCUUGUUACGAGUAAGUGGAGAAGAAAGAUCUCCAGAGAUUCUUAUCUCAUUCCAUUCCAGUGGCUCAACCAGUAACCAAUGGCGAAAACUCAAAAAUCCAUGGUUUCCCGGUAGAACCCUAUUUCGCCCAAGUUGUUUCGGAACCGGAAAAAAGAAGCGGUUUUUCGCACAGCUUGCUCAUAGCGCAGGUCCCACUUGUAUAUUGUAUUUGGCCGAAGAAGCAUCAGACAGGUUGGAGUUCUUACCUUCUUGGGACUCCAUGGACCAAGAUCUGCUUUUAUUAUAUGGUCAAUACCGAUCUACUUUAGUAGAUCAUAUGGAUGUAGAAAAGGCUUCUAAUUUGGAUGAAUUGGAAACAUCUCUUUUCCAUUUCUAUUUACCCAGUUCAUAUCUUUCUUUCGUGUGUUCCCGCGAGGAAUUGGAUCUCUUCAAUCUCGGGAUACCGCCUAAAUAACUGCGGCCAGAGAGUCAAAUAGGUCGAGAAGAAAGAGUCUGAGGCCGGGUUGGACGACAUACAUCUUGGUUGG